ACGCAGCAGUGAAGCCUCGCGCCACACAACCGAAAACAAAAGUUCGAACUCCGUGAAACUUUUAUCGCUUGUGUUUGCUGUCCAAAGCGGAACUGUCAUCACCAAACGGCGCCGUCUAAACGCCAGGAGAUGGCGGAGUGUGGAGGCUGGCGCUUGGCCGCGCGCGUUGCCUCGAGCCGUCCGGCUGGGUACCACACCCUCCCCGCUUCCUCAUAGUCCCGCGGCGGGAGCGGGAACAAGGGCCGCUUCCUCCAGCUGCUUCCUGCAAGGGAGUCGCCUUCACAGACCACCGAGCGGAAUGGAUAGAACGCGCGAGCGUUGCAGGAGGGCGAGCGGGGACCUGGGCGCUCUGCCGCGGAGCUGAGCGACGGGACGAGGCGGGCGGACGAGCGUACGGACAUAUGGAGCCGCGGUGCCCGGCAGCGUCUGACCUCGGCUUGUGUUUGAGAAAGGAGCGAUUUAAAGAGGACCGAGACUCGUGGCUGAACUUUCCCGGGGAGUUGUGAGAGGAUGGUGCCGGCGGGGAGCAGAACUUUCCCUCCUGCCCAGAAGAAGAGCGCUUUGGGUGGAGUCCCGGGCGGCAUGAGAGCGCCAGGCCGGACACCAGCACCGGGAACCAGUCGGACCAGACCGCGGCCCACUUUCUGGAUCACGCCUCUGCUGCGAGUGGACACGAAAUGAUAAGCCACCCGGAGCGUGGGGAGACUUCAAACUGAGGCGGCGGAGGGCUCUAUUUUCCACAGCUUCCUGGGAGUUGUUUUCCGCUGCCACCAGCCUCUUGACCCUGGAUCUGCACUUUGCCCUCCGCAGGCGCAUCGUCGGCUCUGCGGUCAGUUCAACCUGUGAAUCCUUCAGUUCCACACAGCUGAAUAGAGACUCUUGAAUCAUGUUCAGGGCAUUUUCUUUUUACGGUCAACUUCUCUAACACCCGAUGUGAAUCAUUUUUCAGAGAAUUAACGGGGAAUGGAGUAGAUUUUUUUGUAAACACGUGUCCAGUUGCAGAUUCAUCCAAUGUGAUUGAUUUACUUUGAAGGAGAAGAAGGAAGACUGUUUGGCCAGUUUUUGUUUUUUUUUGUUUCAUGUUCAGCCGAAAUGUGUUUAAAGUAGAAACUGCAAACCAUUGGACAGCUUCAUCCUCCUACUGAUUAUGGCGAGUGGAGGUUCUGGAAAGUCGUCCAGCGAAGGAUCCCCCAGCGCGCCUGUGGGCAGGAAGCGCCUCUCGUCCGUCUGCGACUCGUGCAAGAGCAAGAUGCAGCUGGUGGCCGACCUGCUGCUGCUGUCCAGCGAGACCAGGCCGGUCAUGACCUCCGAGGGCGUGGCCCUGGCCGACACCUUCGACCAGUGCCGUGACACCGCCAUCGCCCGCACGAAGGAGCUCUCCAUCCUCACCCACGACAUCCAGAGCCAGCUCAACAUGGGUCGCUUCACCGAGGUGGGGGACCGGCUGCUGGAGAUGGCCGACCUGGUGGUGUCGCUGACCGAGUGCUCGGCGCACGCCGCCUACCUGGCGGCGGUGGAGACCACGGGGUCGCAGCCGUGCCUGCCGGGCCUGGUGGACCGCUACAAAGUGACCCGCUGUCGGCACGAGGUGGAGCAAAGCUGCGGCGUUCUUCGCGUGACGCCGCUGCCGGACCUGACCCCGCAGCUCCUCCUGGAGAUCUCGCAGAACAUCUCGGCCAACCUCAAGACUCUGACGGACAUCUCGUCGCUGGCCAGCGAGAGGUCCCGCGAGCGCUUCGCCAAAGAGCAGUUCAAGCUGAGCGUGAAGAGCAUGAGCACCUCCGGCACGGCCUUCCUGGCCUGCGUCAAGGAGGUGAAGAGCCAGCCCAGCGAGCUGACCAGGAGCCGCUGCGUUCUCUUCAGCGCCGCGCUGGUCCAAGCCGUGAGCGCCCUGGUGGGCUUCGCCACCGAGCCCCAGUUCCUGGGGAGGGCGGCGGGGAUCUCAUCGGAAGGGAAGGGGGUACAGACCGCAGUCUUGGGCGGGGCCAUGAGCGUGGUGUCGGCCUGCGUCCUGCUCACUCAGGGCCUCCGGGACGUGGCCCAGCAUCCGGAGAGCAGCUCCAAAAUGGUGGACUACAGAGAGAGACUGCGCAACUCGGCCUGCGCCGUGUCGGACGGCUGCACGCUGCUGACGCAGGCGCUCAGGGAGCGCUCGUCUCCCCGGACGCUGCCACCCGUCAACUCUCAUUCUGUGAAUUAGCGGACGUCUCGGUAAGAAGGUGUGAGAAGAAGUCGGGGGGUCAAGCGUCACGCUGGAUGUGACGCCCCCCACCACCGCCACCCCUGCUUCAGGCGAAACCUCCAAAGUUUACCUCAGUUUUCAUGUGCUGUGUGAGAGUGAGACGUGUGCGUGCGCCAUAGAUUUGACACUAUCUACCAGACUUCCCCUAGUAUUUGAAUUGUUCUUGGUCCUGCAUGUA